CUCCCGGAAGAAACCCGCCCAUUCAAAACCCACCCAAAAACUCCUCCCCAACCAAACCCCCCAAAAAACCCCCAAUCCCCCCUAGCCUCCACUCUCCCUCUUCGCCCGCGCCUAGAACCUUCUAGAAGCACCUCGGCAUCCCGGAAACCCGAGGAGAGGCGGCGGCGGCGUGAUGUCGGCGAGGCUGCGGGUGGAGGAGCUCCGCGCCGAGCUGCAGCGCCGCGGCCUCGACGCCUCCGGCAACAAGCCAGUGCUCGUGCGGAGGCUGGACGCCGCCAUCCGGAAAGAGGAGGAGGAGGAGGCUGCGGUGUCCGCAGCAGCGAAGGAAGAAGCAGAUGCAGGUGGCGUGGUGGACGGCGAAGGGAAUGGCGAGGACAAGAGGAAGAGGAAAAGACGCGGUGAUGGAGAGGAUGUGGAUAACAGUGAAUCGGACGCGGCGAAGCUGGAGGGGAUGAGCUAUCGUGAGCUCCAGGCACUGGCCAAGUCGAGGGGACUCGCAGCAAAUGGGAGCAAGAAGGAGGUUAUUGAGAGGCUGCUCUGCGCCCCUUCUGAUACGGAUGGUGGAGUUCAGGACAAGAAGAAAAUCGCAAAAGAUGGUGACGACAGAGUUGAGGAGUGUAGAAAGGAGAAGAUUGUUACAGCCACAAGGAAAGGUGCUGCGGUUUUGGACCAGCACAUCCCUGACCAUAUAAAAAUGACCUAUCAUGUCUUGCAAGUGGGUGAUGAGAUCUAUGAUGCCACCAUGAACCAGACUAAUGUUGGAGACAACAAUAAUAAGUUCUAUAUCAUCCAAGCCUUAGAAUCUGAUGCUGGAGGAAGCUUCAUGGUUUACAAUAGAUGGGGGAGGGUAGGGGCACGGGGUCAAGACAAGCUACAUGGUCCCUUUUCAUCACGAGAACAAGCAAUAUAUGAAUUUGAGGGAAAGUUCCAUGGCAAAACCAAUAACCAUUGGUCAGAUCGCAAGAGCUUUGAAUGCUAUGCAAGGAAAUACACCUGGCUUGAGAUGGACUAUGGUGAAGCAGACAGGGAAACAAACAAGAAAGUCAGUCCCAGCACUGAUCAGAUAAAAGAAACGAAACUUGAAACUCGAAUUGCAAGUUUCAUAUCCCUCAUCUGCAACAUAAGCAUGAUGAAGCAGCAAAUGGUGGAAAUAGGUUACAAUUCUGAUAAACUUCCUCUUGGAAAGCUAAGUAAAUCCACAAUAUUUAAGGGUUAUGAUGUUUUAAAGAGGAUUUCCAAUGUUAUUUCGAGGGCAGACAGGAGACAGCUUGAACAAUUGACUGGGGAAUUCUACACUGUGAUCCCUCAUGACUUCGGUUUUAAGAAAAUGCGUGAAUUUAUUAUUGACACUCCUCAGAAGCUAAAAGCUAAGCUGGAAAUGGUUGAAGCCCUUGGUGAGAUUGAGAUUGCAACCAAGCUUCUGGAGGAUGAUUCAACCGACCAGGAUGAUCCAUUGUAUGCUCGAUACAAGCAACUUAGCUGUGACUUUACACCUUUGGAAGUUGGUUCUGAAGAAUACUCUAUGAUAAAAACAUAUUUGGCAAAUACCCAUGGAAAAACGCACACAAGCUAUACUGUUGACGUAGUGCAAAUAUUUAAGGUGUCAAGGCAUGGUGAAAUGGAACGGUUUCAGAAAUUUGCUACUGCAGGCAAUAGGAUGCUUUUAUGGCAUGGUUCUCGGUUGACUAACUGGGCCGGCAUUCUGUCUCAAGGUUUGCGAAUUGCUCCUCCUGAAGCACCUGUUACUGGCUACAUGUUUGGGAAAGGAGUAUACUUUGCUGAUAUGUUUUCCAAGAGUGCAAAUUAUUGCUAUGCUUCAGAAGCCUGCAGGUCCGGUGUGCUGCUUCUAUGUGAGGUUGCACUCGGUGAGAUGAAUGAGCUACUAAAUGCAGAUUAUGAUGCCAAUAACCUGCCAAAGGGAAAGCUAAGCACGAAAGGAGUUGGCCAAACAGAACCGAACACAGCAGAGUCGAAGAUCACGGAUGAUGGUGUGGUUGUUCCACUUGGAAAACCUAAGGCAGAGCCUUCAAAAAGGGGUAGCUUGCUGUACAAUGAGUUCAUAGUUUAUAACGUAGAUCAGAUAAGGAUGCGGUACGUUCUCCAUGUUUCCUUCAACUUCAAGAAACGGUAGACAAAAGUUGUAGUCAGCACGGAGAUGAAACCGUACCAUCUCAGUACUUGUAAGGUUAUGUCAUUGGGUGGUACAUAUAUUUGUGAACAACUGAGUCAGGCUGUUAGCCUUCCUAGCAUUUUGAUGUCGUGAUGCUGUGACAUGUGUGUAUAUAUGAACCAUCGCAAUGCAUUUUCUGUUUGAUUAACCUUUUCUUGACA